AUGCUUUUGGGAGAACUCAGCGAUUCAAGUGUUACCAUGGCCCCCAUGUUCCGCAUCACGUCUAGACAUGUGUCUAUGGAAGCCAAGGCUGUCGACUCGGGUGUCAAUGUCAAGUUGUUCACCUCAAACCCAGUUUUUCAGUAUUACUUUUUGAGAUUUUGUUCUGUUGGGGCAAAGCAGUAUAUCACUGGACCUUUGAAUAUCACUGCUUUCACUUUUGAUGACUCUAACAGAGCAUUUUGUAGUGUCAAAUUGAAUGUCCAUAACAUCAGACCUUUGGCCAUUACCGACGAAGAGGGAAACGUCAUUCCCACAGACGCAAAAAGAAUCAGACUUCGUGAUAUU